AUGUCCACAAAUACCGCGUCAAUAUUUCCUUCCUACCCCCAGGUGACUCGCUUUCCCAAUAUCAACCCGCGGUUCCUCGAGAAGCGAGGAAUUGGUACUCCAAAAGAAGAUGCAAUGAGAUGUGAUAUAACGAUCAAUGAAUUAUUUUAUAAUAUGCAUAAUGAUCAAAUCGAAGAUCAAACCGAAUUAGGUUUAGAGGAUUUAAAAAACGGUUUGAUUAGAACACCUUUACCUGCUUUAGAAACUUUUAAAGAUGAUCCACUUAGAUUAUUAAGUUGUAUCAGGUUUUCAAGUCGAUUUGGAUUUCAAUUAGAUGAUCAAAUCAUUCAAGCUGCUCAAUCUGAUCAAAUCACUUUUGUUAAAGUUAAACAAAGAGAGAAUUGGGUAGGAGAGUUUAUAAUUUCUGAAAGUAUUAAAUUUUCAAAUUAUUAUAAAACUACUGUUAGUCAUUUAUUUCAUUCAAUUGAAUUAAUUGAAGAAGAAAUGAAACAUCAAAAAGAACAAGAAGUAGAAGAAAGUUACAAAAGGUUAAGAUUAGGUCAAUUAUUAAGAUCUAAUCAUGUACAUGAUUUAAAUCGAAAAAAAUCAAAUCAAGAACCUGGAGAAGAUUUAAAUUUAAAUUGGAAUUGGAAAGUUACUUUGGUUUGGAAUUUGGUUUAUAGGAUCGGUUUAUUAGAUUCGAUUGAUCGAAAAGAAAGUUCUGAUUUGGUGGGUUGGUUUAAUGAUUUAAUGAACCAAAUUGAUUUACUUAAUUUAAGUUAUACUUUAACACAAGAAUUCGAUUUAGAACUUUUAAACGUUGAGUAG